AGUGCAAGUGACACACUUUGUGUGUGUGUGUGUGUGUGUGAGAGAUGGUUAAUCUCUGGACUUUCACCUUCACACACUCACGUUCUGUCUCUCUCUCUCUCUCUCUGUCUCUCUCUCUCUCUUAAGGUUUUAGAGCUCGAUCGUCCAGCAGUCACAGGUGAAAUGGACGACCACCAGAAGGAUUACCUGGCGGAGGGGCGGAGUCCUGUCACAGACAUGAUUGACCUGCCAAUGGAAGAAGACAGAAAAACUAAACAGCCAAUAGAAGCAAAGAGGGCAGAGUCAGACAUGCUGUAUACCAUUGAGGAUAUUCCACCUUGGUACCUGUGCAUAUUACUGGGACUGCAGCAUUACCUGACGUGCUUCAGUGGGACGGUGGCGGUGCCGUUUCUUCUGGCCGAGGCCAUGUGUGUGGGUCGAGACCAGAACACCAUCAGUCAGCUGAUCGGAACCAUCUUCACCACGGUCGGGAUCACAACACUGAUCCAGACCACGGUGGGAGUCAGACUCCCUCUCUUUCAGGCCAGUGCGUUAGCAUUCCUGGUUCCUGCUCAGGCCAUUCUUAGUCUGGAUCGUUGGAAGUGUCCCAGUGAGGAGGAAAUUUAUGGGAACUGGACUCUUCCUCUGAACACGUCGCACAUAUGGCAGCCGCGGAUCAGAGAGAUCCAGGGUGCCAUCAUCGUUUCCAGUGUUGUUGAGCUCUUCGUAGGACUGUGCGGGUUGCCAGGUUUGCUGUUGGAGUACAUUGGCCCACUCACCAUCACACCGACUGUCUCACUGAUCGGCCUGUCUGUCUUCACCACAGCUGGAGACAGAGCCGGGUCUCACUGGGGCCUGUCCGCACUGUGUAUUCUGCUCAUCCUGCUGUUUGCUCAGUACCUGAGGUCCACAUCACUUCCUGUUCCUGUUUACAGUCGUACGAAAGGACUGACGUCCACCAGAGUCCAGAUCUUCAAAAUGUUUCCCAUCAUCCUCGCCAUCAUGUUGGUUUGGCUAGUCUGUUACAUCCUCACUCUGACCAACCUGUUGCCUAGCGACCCCAAUCACUAUGGACACAAAGCUCGGACUGACGCCCGAGGAGACAUCAUGUCCUCUGCACCCUGGUUUAGGGUUCCAUACCCAUGUCAGUGGGGGUUGCCGGUGGUUACCGUUGCUGGGGUGUUGGGCAUGUUCAGUGCAACUCUGGCUGGAAUCGUGGAGUCGAUUGGCGAUUAUUAUGCCUGUGCUCGACUCUCUGGAGCCACACCCCCUCCAGUCCACGCCAUCAACAGGGGGAUCUUCAUCGAGGGCUCCUGUUGCAUCAUCGCUGGUCUCCUUGGAACCGGAAAUGGAUCCACCUCCUCCAGUCCCAAUAUAGGUGUUCUGGGUAUCACCAAGGUGGGCAGCAGGCGGGUGGUGCAGUACGGAGCAGGAAUCAUGUUUCUUUUGGGAACAAUCGGGAAAUUCACGGCUCUGUUUGCGUCGCUGCCGGAUCCGAUCCUUGGCGGGAUGUUCUGUACGCUGUUUGGUAUGAUCACAGCCGUUGGACUGUCCAACCUUCAGCUGGUGGAUUUGAAUUCUUCCAGAAACCUCUUUGUUCUGGGGUUCUCCAUGUUCUUUGGUUUGACGUUACCAGAGUACCUGGACUCUCACCCCAACUCCAUCCAGACUGGAGUGGUGGAGCUGGAUCAGAUCCUCACGGUUCUUCUCUCCACUGAGAUGUUCGUCGGAGGUUUUGUGGCAUUUUGUCUCGACAACACAAUCCCAGGAUCCAGAGAGGAGCGAGGCCUGGUCCAGUGGAUCUCCUCCUCAUGCUCCUCCUCCUCCUCCUCCUCCUUCUCCUCCUAUGACCUUCCUGUGGGGAUGACCUUCAUCAGACGGACGCGGUGGCUCCAGCGUUUUCCCAUCAGCCCCUCUUUCACAGGCUUCCGGGCGUCCGCUGAGCACAAGGAGGAGGAGCCUGGAAGAGAGGCGGAGGAAGCUUUGGACCCACCCACCACCACCAGGGUGUGAUGUCACAAGUUCUUCAGUGGACCAAUGAAACGACACCAGCAAACCAAACAACUGUUUAUUAUUAUUUCAUGUUUACAAACCUGGAAAAUCAAUAAAGUUAUACUGUCAAUAAAA